AUGUCUACCGAUGACCCGUUCUCCUUUCUGCCCGAGCAGGCCAAACCCGCGAAAAAACCCCACUGGAAAAGUAAACUAUUCUCCAAGGAUAAGAACAAAUCUGCGUCGCAUCAACAUCAAGAAAUCGCGGACUUCUUGAGCUCUCGUGCCCCAGAGUCAGCUCCAACUCCCCCGGCUAUCGAUUCAAGACACAUUCCUCCGCAAACCGUUGCUGCCCACCGCUUUCCUUCCUCACAAGACAUCUCCGGAUACACUCCCUCCAAGCCAGAAUCAGCGCCAGCGCCAGUCUUGCCUAACGAGGACUAUGUCCCUUUCAACUUCUCAGACCAAUCUCAUACCGCACCUGCCCCUCCUGCCUCUGCCAAGCCUAGUGGGCGCAAAGGCAAAGGGCUGCGGGUGGGUUUCAGCCCUCGAACCCCGGAAGUGAUUGGCGAAGGAGGUGAUGAGACGGAAUCGCCAACAAUUGAGAUUUCGCGGGCUCGUGAAAGGUCGGGCAGCAGGGGAACCGAGUCUGCCAAUAUCCCUACGCCUCUCUCGGACCCUUCGCGAUCGCAUCUGCCAAAUCUCCGACUGGACACAUCGCUGGGCGAUGGCGAUGCGCGAUCGGGACAGGCGGCUUAUUCGCCUCUGCGUGAUAGAUCGGACUGGAAACCCCCGCUGAUGCAAAAUCCACAGGACGUGGACUUCCUGAGCGCGUUGCCUUCGAGUGACAGCGGUUCUCGAUUGUCAUUCCGUGGCGAUACCGAGGCGAAUUCAUUCGCACAACGCGUCCGCGACAAGAUGGAAGCGGAAGAAGGGCGCGCAUUGCAUCAUCGUUAUGAGGAAGAUGCCUUGUCUCCUGGCGCUGAAGACGAUGAUGCCUCAACUCCCCCCAGCCCUCCCAGCCCGGAAUCGCCCAUAAAAGCUUACAAUCCUGGAUUGGUUAAAGAAACAGGCUCAACGGCGGGACUUCCGCAUGCGCCGUCAAUUUCUCUGUCAAUGCGGUCGAUUGUCGAUUCGAUUCGGAACCCCCCCAAGCCCUUCAACGCAACGCGCACCUGCGAAUCUCAGCGAAACCGCCACCCCAGGACCUGCCUGCAUCAAACUUGGCGUCACCUCGAAGUCGCGAAGGUCAAGAGCCACCACGCGGCACCCAACCCCCCUAAAUUCUCUCUUCGAAAUAUUGCCAACCAAGUUGGCGAUACCGCAUUUUCUGAAUUCAAAGAUUACAAUGCACGAUAUGAGAGUUCUAUUAAACUCGCAGCAGAGGAUGUUAAGCCAUUGGUAGAAACAUCACUAGCAGAAUGGAUUCGGGCUGCGGUCUGGUGGUUUUUGCGAGGGAAGACGCGAUUAGAAGCAUAUGCUCGUUCCCGUUCGACACUGCCACCUGCCUACGCCAAGCAAGCUGUGAUCGAUCUUGGAAAGGCAUUAUGGAUAAUUGAAAAUAUUGUGCCCAGUCAUCAUGAACUCUCUCGAUACGGCGCCAUGGGCGUUGACGCCCUACUGGCCGUUGCGAGUACUACCGGCGACAGGGAGUUGGCUGAGCUUCUGGGAAUACAUCAAACUCUCAUCAAUCACCUCCGGUCGCUGUCCAUGUCCAUGAAACGUAACAACAUCCUCGCCGUGGUUGUCUCGGACGAAGGCUCUCCCACCCAGCUGGAUACUAGCAUCUGGCUGCGUUACCCUUUCUAUGCGCCCGACGUCUCAGCAGUCUUAUCUGGCGCGGCAACGAGAUCAAUGUUGGCAGAUAACGCGGGCAAGACACCAAGUUUGGUGCACAUGAUGCCUUUGGGUGACACAAAUCGAUAUUUCAGCUAUGGUAGCAUGUUCGUGCAGGUCUGCGUCAGCUCCAGUGAUGAUGAUGGGCAGCAGCAAUAUGCCAUGCCCUGUGCAUUGACCAUCGUCCGCGAACGGGCAGAUUGGUAUGUCUUUGCGGCAAUCACUAGCCAAAGUCAACUUGUCAACAUCUUGAUUCAGUCCGAUCGCAAGCAGGGUCCGACUUGGGAGGAUGUGGAUUGGCAAGUCCGGUCCCAUUCUAUGCGAGUCAAGCUCCCCCGAGGAUUCGAGUUGGACGUCAUGUUCAAGGAAGAGGAUUUCAAGACCCUUUGGAAUAUCGUGAAAUAUACUCAGAAGUCGGAGAACAGUCUCCAUCCGGAGGCAGGCGAGACUGUGGUAUUUGAGAAUACUCUCAAGGUUUUCCAAUAUAUGGAUCCGGGCACACCCAAGGCAUUCCCUCCAGACCCUACAGAAAGAUGUCGUAUUCGUUUGUUCGAGCGAUCUGUCACCGUGACAGAAGGCACUGGUACUCGCAAUUCGCAUCGGGGAUUCCGACUAGCUGUUCUGACCAGCCCGAAGGUCAAGACUUUGAGCAGCAUUCGCCAUACUUUGGGCAACGGCUCGCCGAUAGUGUUCGGUCUCUUGCGAGGAGAGGACGGUGCUCCCGCUCUUCUCCUCAAGGUGACCGAGGACGGCCGUACAAGAUCCAUGUUGAUGACUUUCCAUGAGGUGGCCGAGCGUACGAAAAUGCACUCCGUGCUGCUAGGCAUGAUUCCACGGGAAGGAGAGGUCAAGUCGCCCGAAUUCGCCAUCCAGUCUUAUUGCAUUGAACAGCCCGAAGAUCCAUUUACCGGCCAGCCGGCAGUCAAACACCUCCAGUUCCCCGCCGGAAGCGUGUCCGUUAUUGACCAAAAGCAUGCUUACGUUGACCAUGGUUAUGGACCGACUAUUCUAUCGGAGCAUUUGAGGGCCUUUAUCGCCACUGAAUGGGGCUCUGUCACGGAUCGCAUCAACUUAGGGCCUGGUGAAUUGAAAAUCGGCUUGGACGUCCAGAGCAAGACGAGCAUGAGCUUGUUCCGCUCCGCGCAGCAAGAUCUGACCCUUUCGCUUGCGGAUAACCUCGUCCGCCCUGAACUGCCUGGACAGUUAACCGGCUUCCUUGAGAAGAUUACGACGAAGCCUAUGAUCCGCCGGCUGGAUUUCCCCACCAUGGAGGAUCUUCAUGCCUUCGAAGCAGCUGUUACUGGCUUCCAGGUGCUUUACGAUGGUAUGGCUACAUCGUUCACUAUCUCCCGCCGACGGAGUAUGGUUCCCAUUUACAAGAAAUGGGAAGCUGCAGUGGCACGGGUUCAGAUCGUACGACAAGAGAAAGUUGUUCAAAUGCUUGCUUUCUUCGGAGACUUCCAGCAUGGGACAUGUAUGAACUUUGUUCUUAAGGGUACUGAUAUCAUGGAAUCCUUUGGGCGGUCCGGCAAGUUCGGCAUUCGUAUGGUAGAUGCCAAGUUCGCACUGCCUAAGAAGGACGAUAAUCCAGCUUCCAACUUUGUGUGUCUCGACAUGCCCGAGUAUCCCAUUGAACACGACGAUCUCACCAUUACGUUCGAUACAGAGGCUUCACGCGCAAGCUUCAAGGCAGCUCUUCCUGGGUCAGUGCGAGAGCCAUCUCGCAUGGGCUCCAUCCGUCGAUAA